CCGAAUCUACAACUCACACGGAAACGAAAAUACUUGAAUCUGAUUGGCUGAUUCAAAAGCCGUAUUUUGAGCUUUUAUAGCCUGCGAGACGACCAGUGGUUGUUUCACAAUUCGAUUUUGAAGUCAUCAGUCCCACAGGACUGAUUUUAGCUGGGGCGGUAUAGAAAGAGUUAAAGAAUUUCCUAUGCCUUCGGGCGCGGAAAUUCAAAGAAUGUGCUUUGCUACUGUGGAUAGUCUUGCCUUACUUAGGUUAUCAUUUGAAAAUGCCCAACUUUGGGCAGCCGCCCUACUUUGGGUGGAGCACGACUACUGUUCCGCGGGCAGAAUAUACACUCCAAAACAAAUAUGGCGUCUGAAGUAUCACAAAACAUUAGUAACACUCUAAAAUCAAUUAAUCUGGAGAAACCAACAUUUUCCACUCUGGCACAGAAAGGAAACGACCCGCUGGUGCAGCAGUUUCUAUCAGAAAAUAUGGAACUAGGUAAUGAAGAAAAAGAAACAGUACAAAGUCAGCUGUAUAUUGCUUGUUUUUGGGGAUUUCAUGAAGUUGUAAAGACUUUAAUAGAACGUGGUGCAGAUGUCAAUCAUAAAAAUGCUGACACAUUAUGGACACCACUACAUGCAGCAGCAUUUCAAGAAAACGGGAAGAUUAUAAUGUUUUUGUUGGAGCAUAAUGCAAAUCCUUAUUCUAAAGACUUUGGGGAAAGAACUCCAGCUGAUUUCGCUUCUGUCUCUGACAAAAUAUGGCCAUUAUUUGCAGCUUGUGGUUGCACAAAAAGUUCCAGAAUGAUUCUGGUAGAAAAAGGAAUCUUAAGAAAGGCGGUUGCUGCUUUGGUUGGAUAUCAACAUAUGAUCAGUGAAAAAGAUGUAAAUUCAAUACGCACAGGAAAUUCAGCCUUAUUGAUCAACUAUAAUGCGCGAAAUCAUCCCGGAACUGAUAACAACAAAAGAAGUGAGUAUGCAGCAUCUGUGGACGGAGAUGUGCUGGCUGGUGAAAGUUCUUCCACAGAAAAUCAAGAGGAAAAGCCUAACUUUUCAGCAUGGCGAAAUUGAGAUUUCGUUUACAUUUCUUGACCUUCAAGUAUUAAGAGUUAACGUUUGCAGAAAUAGUUUUUCAAAGCUCACCCAUAAAACACAAAAAUUAAUUCUGAAAAGUAAUGUAGUUUUUGGCGAUUCUACUUUUUUUUAAAAAUAGGGAAUUAGGAUUGGUAGAAUAGUGCAACGAGAAUAACCAACGGUUUCAGUGUUUCCGGGAAUAAUUUUUGCGAAUCAAAACAAGCUUCGCAAAAAAACACUGAAACUGUUAAGGCGGGGGCAAACCAGUCCAACAUUUCAUCCAACAUGCAAUUUUUGUGAUGUUGGAUGAAAUGUAGGACUGGUUUGAGUCAUUUCAAAAUUUUAAAAAAAUUUAAGAUUUUCAAAAAAGAAGAAAAAAAUCGUGUUGGACGAUGUUGCAUGAAAUUUGAUCGCCGUCAAACAUUUCAUCCAACAUUUUCGGCAAGAUCAAAGGAAUUCUCUAUCUGACUUGCGUAAAUUUUCAUGUUGGAUUGGUUAGGUGGUACUUUUCAUCCAACAUAUAAAAAUCCCGCGAAUUUCGAACGUUGAAUUUUUUAAUGGAAUGAUUUCAAUUUGAUGCUUUUCAAAAAAAACAUUACGAAGAGUAAGGGCGAGUCUUUCUUCUGCCAAGAUUGGUCUGUGGCCACCACAGUUGUUCAUCUGACCCGGUGAUAUCAGAUAGGAUAUUUCAUUAAGGAGGGAAUAUCGAAAUCCCCCACGUCCAUCCGAAACAUUUCCCUAAAUCCGAAUCUGUCUUCGAUCUUCAAUUCUUUAAUGAUUAAAUGACUAAAAUAUCUAUUUUUUUUCCUUCUCUUUAUCCACUCUCUUGUUUUUCCGCGGGUUGGUUUUUCAUCGUAUGAAUCGACGAGUUCAUUCAGCAACAUAAGCAGCACUGCAGAAUUCCUUCCGUCCGCCAUUUUGUUUUUCAUAAAUGAAUGAACUCUUUAUCGUUCGAGUGUUUUUAAAAGCAGUCCCACAAACCUAAAAUUUUGCUUCAUCCAACCUGCAUUUUUUCAUCCAACAUUACUUCCAACAUGGGAAAAAAAUGUUGGGUGAAAUGUUGGACUGGUUUGCCCUCGCCUUUAAAGUGUAUGAAGGUGAAGUAGCCAACGUAUUGUAUUUUAAGUGAAGAUAUUUAUAAAUAUAUAAGAAACAUCUAUUGUACAUACAUUUUGUUAAAACUAAUAAUAUGUGUUGAUUUCAUUAA